ACGAUUUCAGCAGUACAAGGCAAAUACGUACAGUUUAAUCUAACGUGACAACACAUGAAGCAUGAUUAAUUAAUGUUUCAUGUAAGUGACAACUUUUAAAGAUAAUCGUCAUGGUUGGCUGAGAUACUAUGAUUAAACUGACGACGAAAAGGGUUAAUUGAAACAUUGUCAGUAACACCUGCAGCUGAAUGCAAACAUGUAGUUGGUCACAAACCUAAACUCAAAACUUCUACAAAUGACGAUUUUCAGCUCAAAAUGAAGCUAUGUCCUUUAGUUACGCUACUAAUCUCAUGGACGCUGGUUUUCUCCAAAGCAUCUGUCUGUCAGACUCGAGGAACAUAUGCGGUGAUAAUUCCUCAAUCGAAUGUUUUAAAACAAAAACAUUCUUCCAGCGAAGCCGAAUCGGCACACUGAUAUAUAAACAUUACACGUUGGGCAAAUUACAGUAUGAUAGGCUUGCCAUGUAUAGCAAUCCGCGAGUUAGCACCGGGCUAAAUUGUCACAUUUGUGACCCUUCGAAGUCAUGGGAUGAAUGCAAUGAGAAAAGCUCACAAUACAAGUGCCCUGAGAAGAUGCAGGUUUGCUACAAAACACACAGCGUGGAAUUUAAUAAUGAUGAAGAAGUUCAUCGAUAUCGAAAAGGCUGUGGCACAGAGGUAUUUUGUACAGGACAGGAAUGCAAAGAAAAAGGUACAUGGUGCGAUGUACAAUGCUGCAAUACUGACGCUUGCAAUGAGUCUACAGUUUGGAAUGCCAACUGCAGGACAUUCAUUGUGCUUGCAUUACUCACUGCCGUCCUACUUCUGUAAUUUUAAUCUUUCCUUGUGGAAUCGCAUAAUUUUUACAAGCUCCAGAGAUUGUACACACAACACAUUGAUCGCCACAGUUCAAAGGGCCUUUUAUAUUAUUCAGCCUGCAUUGGAUUAAUAUGCUGUAAUGAACAUGCUUACACAUGGAGGAGGGCUUCCCCCACACAUAGAUAUCACAAGCUACACGAGUCUCCUGAUUAAAGAACCAAAACAAUAACCGCGACGGAAUUCCAAAAUACUUCUUCAAAGGCUAUACUUUAUCAAUCCGCAAAUGUUAAACAUAAAGUUGGAACGAAUUUGGAGAGACUUAAGACAUAUCUCAAAUUGUUUAAAGGAAUACUUUGCUUCUGUCAUGGUGUUUUUCCCUUAUUUUCUUUUCUAAAUUAAAAUGGAAUUCUCCAUUGUUUUCAGGCAAACAGUUCUUACAUUUAAAAAUAUUUUUUCUGGGAAUUGAAGGUCGAAAAAAUUGUUUUUUUUUUUUAUUUUUACAAUUACUUGCUCUCAUGAACUCAAUCUUUUUAAACCAGCUUCUCCCAAUAUUUUUUUUAUAAACCGUUGGGACUUAUGAGUUGACGUUUUGCUAUAAAGAAGUCAAAAUAAAGCAUUUGAUUUCAUCAGAA